CUAGAGAGUGCAUAAGUGAAGGGAGCCGGUGUGAUGUAGUCGUGAGCCGGCAGAGUCCGGGUGUAAACAGUGAGGAAGUGGGAGGUGUGUUGUUACUCCAGUCCUGAACUAGAGGAGUGAAGUUCUGCAGGCUGUACAGGAACUAUACACAGAGUGAUCAAAUGGAGCAGAAAACUUUAGAUGCGCUGAACUCUCUCAGUCUGAAGCAGAAGAGGCACAACAUUGACACUUUCAGGCUCUUUAUGGUCACGUGGAAUGUGGCGACAGCAGAACCUCCUGAUGACGUCCGGUCCUUAUUGCAGCUCAGUUCCCAGAAUCAAGCAGACCUCUACGUGAUCGGUUUACAGGAAGUGAGAGCAGCGCCUCUGAAGUUCGUCUCAGAUCUGGCUUUUGGAGAUUCCUGGAGUAGCUUGUUCAUGAACACCUUGACUCCUCUGGGCUACGUUAAAGUGUCCUCUGUGAGGAUGCAGGGUCUGCUGCUGCUGUUUUUUGCUAAAUUAGAGCAUGUCCCCUUCAUCAGAGACAUCCGGACCACAUACACUCGCACUGGGAUCUACGGAUACUGGGGUAAUAAAGGAGGGGUGAGCAUCCGGUUCUCCUUCUACGGUCAUUCCCUCUGCUUCCUCAACUGUCACCUAGCAGCCCACAUCCAUUACGCCUCCGAAAGGGUGGAGGAAUUCGAGCGCAUACUCAACUCCCAGACCUUUGACGGCAAAAACGCUCCAUCUGUUUUAGACCACAAGCUCCUCUUCUGGCUUGGAGACUUGAACUUUCGUAUCGAAGACCACGGGAUGCACUUCAUCCGCAACUGCAUCACCAGCAAGAAUUUCAACCUGCUGUGGUCCAAAGACCAGCUGACUAUGAUGAAGAAGAAGAUUCCCAGACUGCAACAGUUCGAAGAAGGUCCUCUUGAUUUCCAGCCUACCUACAAAUUCGACUUGAACUCUGAUAAUUACGACUCGAGGCUACAGAAGGCUUGGUUUGGCCUAAUCGGGAAAAAGCGCAAGCCUGCAUGGUGCGAUCGGAUCCUGUGGCGCAUGAACACCAAACCCCCACCUAAGAACGCAGAUAAAGAGCAUGACGAUGAUGAUGAUGAUGAUGGUGAAGAGCAGAAGGAGGAGGAGCUGCUAGAGGAAUUUCCUCUCAAACUAGUUCAGGAGACUUACACCAGUCACAUGGAGUACAGCAUCAGUGACCAUAAACCUGUCACGGGCAUCUUCAGACUGGAGCUGAGGAAGAUGUACAAGACGCCACUGGUGCACGUGUGUGCAGAAGGUGAAUGGAGCGCCGACCUGGACGCUGUGGUGACUUACAGCCUGCUCGAGCAGUUUGCAACCAGCGCCUGGGACUGGAUUGGCCUUUAUAAGGUUGGAUUCCAAAGCAUCUCUGACUACAUCACCUAUACCUGGGUAAAAGAUGACCAGGUAGCCUUUAACAAUCAACUCAUCCAGGUUUAUGUGAGUAAGGAGGAGAUCCCAGUUCUAGGUGGGGAAUGUGUACUAUGUUACUACAGUAGCAACCUGCAGUGCAUUGUGGGUAUCAGUGAACCUUUUAAAGUUCUCGAGUCACGAGCAGCAAUUGAAGAAGGCUUCUUAUUUGAGAAUGUGAACAGACUCGACCAGGCCUUGACCAGUUAGGACGAGAUGAACCAGGAGCCAUUUUGGGGGGACGAUCAGUGUCGAAUACACUUUCUGCUUCACUCACACACACACACACACACACACACACACACACACACACA